ACUUUAAAGUUAGUUUUAUUUCUACAAAAUGACAGCAGUCUUGUGUUGCUUUGUCAGUGGGGGCACUGAAGAGGCCACAAUGUCAAAGACAAAGAAUGCUCAACCAGCACUCCAUAAGGUUAUUAUGGUAGGAAGUGGAGGAGUUGGAAAGUCUGCCUUAACGCUACAGUUUAUGUAUGAUGAGUUUGUAGAAGACUAUGAACCCACUAAAGCCGAUUCUUAUCGUAAGAAGGUUAUGUUAGAUGGAGAAGAAGUUCAGAUUGACAUCCUCGACACAGCGGGUCAGGAGGAUUAUGCUGCCAUUCGAGACAAUUAUUUUCGUUCGGGAGAGGGCUUUCUCUGUGUCUUCUCUAUAACUGAACAUGAAAGUUUUUCAGCAACAUCAGAAUUCAGGGAACAGAUCCUGCGUGUGAAAGGCGAUGAAAACAUUCCCUUUUUACUAGUUGGGAAUAAAGCCGAUCUUGAAUAUAAAAGACAAGUACCUGUUGAAGAAGCAAAAACCAAAGCCCACCAAUGGAAUGUGCCAUACGUUGAAACAUCAGCAAAAACAAGAGCUAAUGUAGAUAAGGUAAUACUUAGUUUUGUUUGAAUUUUAUUUUCUUAU